CUUCCAGAACCAAAAUGUGGGUAAAAACUUGAAAGGUAUCCUUACGACAGAAAACAUGUUAACUAUAGAUAAUUCAGCGAAUAAUAAAGACGUAUCUAUCUACGGUUCAUCAGGGUGGAGAGAACCCCCUCGUCAAGUCUCCCCCCUUCCUCUGCAACUAACUCUACCACGAAAAACCCUCACAACACCACCUACCUGAGAUUUAUCACCGAGAUCCGGUCCAGACUGCUGGGUGUGUUCUCUCAGCUGUCCGCUAGGGGGAGCAUGCGGAGGAGGCCGAAGCCCCUGCUUUCUCUAGCUCAGACCCAACGCCUACACGAACUUCCGGCCCUGUUCAGUUCCGCUUCCGGGGAAAUAUACGGGCUGUUGUACGCGUUUCUUGUGGGACUGUGAGGGCUGAGGCCCUACCGGCUGGCUGGCUUUUGCUUCGCGGAAUUAGGCAGCCGUGGCUGCCUGUUAGGGGAAGUGUAUCGGGUUUACCGUUCCUUCUACGGACUUUUCCUUACCACUGGAGCGGAGUAAGAGUGCUGCCAUGGCGGCCCCUGCUCAGCCCAAGAAAAUCGUGGCUCCUACUGUGUCCCAGAUCAACGCGGAGUUCGUAACCCAGUUAGCAUGUAAGUACUGGGCUCCGCAUAUCAAGAAAAAAUCACCUUUUGAUAUAAAGGUCAUUGAAGAUAUAUAUGAAAAAGAGAUUGUCAAAUCGAGGUUUGCCAUCAGAAAGAUAAUGCUCUUGGAAUUUAGCCAGUAUCUUGAAAAUUACCUCUGGAUGAAUUAUUCUCCAGAGGUGUCCAGCAAGGCCUACUUAAUGUCAAUCUGCUGUAUGGUGAAUGAGAAAUUCAGAGAAAAUGUCCCUGCAUGGGAGACUUUUAAGAAGAAGCCAGAUCACUUCCCAUUUUUUUUUAAGUGUAUCUUGAAAGCAGCAUUAGCUGAAACUGAUGGUGAAUUUUCACUCCAUGAACAGACGGUCUUACUGCUUUUUCUUGAUCAUUGCUUCAAUAGUUUGGAAGUAGACUUGAUACGGAGUCAAGUACAGCAGCUAAUCUCCCUCCCAAUGUGGAUGGGCUUACAGCCGGCACGAUUGGAAUUAGAAUUAAAAAAGACCCCUAAGCUAAGAAAAUUUUGGAACUUGAUUAAAAAGAAUGAUGAAAAGAUGGAUCCAGAAGCAAGAGAACAAGCCUACCAAGAAAGAAGAUUCCUUUCACAACUCAUCCAGAAGUUUAUCUCUGUGUUGAAAUCAGUGCCACCUUCUGAACCUGUCACUAUGGACAAAGUUCAUUACUGUGAAAGAUUCAUUGAACUUAUGAUUGAUCUGGAGGCCCUCCUCCCCACGAGGCGCUGGUUUAAUACCAUUCUGGAUGACUCCCACCUUUUGGUUCACUGUUACCUUUCCAAUCUUGUUCAUAGAGAAGAGGAUGGCCAUCUUUUUUCCCAGCUUUUGGACAUGCUUAAGUUCUAUACUGGUUUUGAGAUUAACGACCAGACUGGGAACGCUCUGACAGAGAAUGAGAUGACUACAAUUCACUAUGACAGAAUCACUUCUCUCCAGAGAGCUGCCUUUGCACAUUUCCCUGAACUCUAUGAUUUUGCACUCUCAAAUGUGGCAGAAGUAGAUACUCGGGAAUCUUUGGUCAAGUUUUUUGGACCACUUAGUUCAAAUACACUCCACCAGGUGGCAUCAUACCUCUGCUUGUUACCAACUCUUCCUAAAAAUGAAGACACAACUUUUGAUAAAGAAUUUCUUCUAGAAUUGCUGGUAUCUCGUCACGAACGUCGAAUUUCUCAGAUUCAGCAGUUGAACCAGAUGCCUUUGUAUCCAACUGAGAAAAUCAUUUGGGAUGAAAAUAUUGUCCCAACUGAAUACUAUUCUGGGGAAGGUUGUCUUGCUCUUCCCAAGUUGAAUUUGCAAUUUUUGACUCUCCAUGAUUACCUUCUAAGGAACUUUAAUCUCUUCCGCUUAGAAUCAACUUACGAAAUUAGGCAGGACAUCGAGGAUAGUGUCAGCAGAAUGAAGCCAUGGCAGUCUGAAUAUGGUGGUGUAGUGUUUGGUGGCUGGGCACGAAUGGCCCAGCCUAUUGUCGCUUUCACUGUGGUUGAGGUUGCCAAGCCCAACAUAGGUGAAAACUGGCCAACCCGAGUUCGUGCAGAUGUUACCAUCAAUCUGAAUGUCAGAGAUCAUAUCAAAGAUGAAUGGGAAGGUCUUCGUAAGCAUGAUGUCUGUUUUUUAAUUACUGUGCGUCCCACAAAACCGUAUGGUACCAAGUUUGACCGGAGGAGACCUUUUAUUGAGCAGAUUGGCCUGGUUUAUGUCAGAGGCUGUGAAAUCCAGGGCAUGCUAGAUGAUAAAGGGCGUGUCAUUGAAGACGGACCUGAGCCAAGACCCAAUCUUAGAGGAGAGUCAAGGACAUUUAGAGUGUUUUUGGAUCCAAACCAGUAUCAACAAGAUAUGACCAAUACUAUACAAAAUGGAGCAGAAGAUGUGUACGAAACUUUCAAUAUCAUAAUGAGGAGAAAGCCAAAGGAAAAUAACUUUAAGGCUGUGCUGGAGACCAUUCGGAACCUGAUGAAUACUGAUUGCGUGGUACCUGACUGGCUGCAUGACAUCAUUUUAGGUUAUGGGGAUCCAAGUAGUGCACAUUAUUCAAAAAUGCCCAAUCAGAUUGCCACUCUUGAUUUCAAUGAUACGUUUCUUUCCAUUGACCAUUUAAAAAGCAGCUUUCCUGGUCAUAAUGUCAAAGUAACUGUGGAUGACCCAGCUCUGCAGAUCCCACCUUUCAGGAUAACCUUUCCAGUAAGGAGUGGAAAAGGAAAGAAAAGGAAAGAUACAGAUGGUGAAGAUGAAGACUCCGAAGAGGCAAAAACCUUAAUUGUUGAACCUCAUGUCAUUCCCAAUAGGGGCCCUUAUCCUUAUAACCAACCCAAACGUAAUACAAUUCAGUUCACUCACACACAGAUAGAGGCCAUCCGUGCUGGAAUGCAGCCUGGGCUAACUAUGGUUGUGGGUCCACCAGGUACUGGAAAAACAGAUGUGGCAGUCCAGAUCAUAUCCAACAUCUACCAUAAUUUCCCAGAGCAGAGGACUUUGAUUGUUACUCAUUCUAAUCAGGCCUUGAACCAGUUGUUUGAGAAGAUCAUGGCUCUAGACAUUGAUGAGCGCCACCUGCUGCGUCUUGGUCAUGGAGAAGAAGAGCUGGAGACAGAGAAGGAUUUCAGCAGUUUAAAGGUCAUGUCUCGUUGGGAAGAAUAUAUCAGCAAAGUGAAAAAUAAAGGUAAUACACUGCCAGAUGUCACGGAAGUCUCCACUUUCUUCCCUUUUCAUGAAUACUUUGCAAAUGCCCCUCAACCCAUUUUUAAAGGCCGAUCUUAUGAAGAAGACAUGGAAAUUGCUGAAGGAUGUUUCAGGCACAUUAAGAAAAUCUUUACUCAGCUUGAGGAAUUCAGAGCUUCCGAACUGCUUCGAAGUGGACUGGACAGAUCUAAAUACCUUUUGGUGAAAGAAGCUAAAAUCAUUGCUAUGACCUGUACUCAUGCUGCCUUAAAACGACAUGAUUUAGUCAAGCUAGGUUUCAAGUAUGACAACAUUUUAAUGGAAGAGGCUGCGCAGAUUCUGGAGAUAGAAACUUUUAUACCUCUUCUUCUACAGAAUCCUCAAGAUGGUUUUAGCCGACUGAAACGCUGGAUUAUGAUUGGUGAUCAUCACCAGUUACCUCCAGUCAUUAAGAAUAUGGCCUUUCAGAAGUAUUCAAAUAUGGAGCAGUCUCUGUUCACUCGCUUUGUCCGUGUUGGAGUUCCUACUGUGGACCUUGAUGCUCAAGGGCGAGCCAGAGCAAGCUUGUGUAACCUCUACAACUGGCGAUACAAGAAUCUGGGAAACUUACCCCAUGUACAGCUCUUGCCGGAGUUUAGUACAGCAAAUGCUGGCUUGCUUUAUGACUUCCAACUCAUCAAUGUGGAAGAUUUUCAAGGAGUGGGAGAGUCUGAACCUAAUCCUUAUUUUUAUCAGAAUCUUGGAGAAGCAGAAUAUGUAGUGGCACUUUUUAUGUACAUGUGUUUACUUGGUUACCCUGCUGACAAGAUCAGUAUUCUAACAACAUAUAAUGGGCAAAAGCAUCUUAUUCGUGACAUCAUCAAUAGACGAUGUGGAAGCAAUCCAUUGAUUGGAAGACCAAACAAGGUGACAACUGUUGACAGAUUUCAAGGUCAACAAAAUGAUUAUAUUCUUCUUUCUCUAGUACGAACCAGGGCAGUGGGCCAUCUGAGGGAUGUCCGUCGCUUGGUGGUGGCCAUGUCUAGAGCCAGACUUGGACUGUAUAUCUUCGCAAGAGUAUCCCUCUUCCAAAACUGUUUUGAGCUAACGCCAGCUUUUAGCCAGCUCACUGCCCGUCCACUUCAUUUGCAUAUAAUUCCAACUGAACCUUUCCCAACCAGUAGAAAGAAUGGAGAGAGGCCAUCUCAUGAAGUACAGAUAAUAAAGAAUAUGCCCCAGAUGGCAAACUUUGUAUAUAACAUGUACAUGCAUUUGAUACAGACCACACAUCAUUAUCAUCAGACUUUAUUACAGCUACCACCUGCUAUGGUUGAAGAAGCUGAGGAAGUUCAAAGUCAGGAAACAGAAGUAGAAAUAGAAGAAGAGGCCAAUCCUCCCCAGGCUGAUCUGUCCAGUCUCACAGAUGCCAGCUGCAGUCAAGAAUCCUCAGCCUCUCAGACUGAGACCACCCCCGAUCACACAGGAGCUAGUUCCAACCCAGAAGCUGUCCCUCCUGUGUCUGAUACCACUGUUUCUAUGGCAGGACCUGCAGCUGUACCAGCAGAGGCUAACGCCCCCCAGCAUGUCACACCUGCCUCAGAAGAGACCAAGUAGCCCAACUGUAGCCUUUCUUAGGGAGGACAUUUCAUUCAUAAAGUCUAAGUAAAGCUGCUUUUUGUAUUUUAUAUUUGCUUCUGCUAUUUUAAGGGUACUAAUUAAUGUUAAGUCAUUAUUUUUGUUAAUUGAUCUCCGUGCUUGUCUUCUUGGAUAUGUUUAAAAGAAAAUUGUAUGUGUAUGAGCAACUUCAGUUUCAUUUCUUCAGUCAGAAGGGCAAAUAGCCAUUCCUUUGAUAUUUUUAUAAUUAACCAAAUAUAUCUUAUUCAUACCUAUAUUAAAAGACUUUGCUAUAGAAUAUAUAAGACAUACUUUACAUUUUCAGUGAACUUCUCUAAGGAAGGGGAUCAAAUACACUGAAAUCAACCAUAAGCACCCUUAAGAAAGUGUUCAAAUUGGGGACGAAGUUGUUUCUUCUGUUAUAGUUUCAGAUACUCAAAUUGUGAUUCCUUUUUUCUUACCUUUCUUGGCUGUCUUCCUUGAUGUAAAGGCAUUAACAGCCAUAGUUAGGUCUAGAUUUCUCUGAUCAAAGAGGCUACAUGUAUUUCCUGCCCCAAAGUCUCAUAAUGUAUUGGAACCACCUAGAGUGUCUGUUCAUUCUUGGGGCCACUCUUGACCUGAUAAAUCUGUAUCUCAGGGUUAGGACUGGGUAUUUCUAUUUUAGCAAAUGUUCCUAAUGUUUGAGUGGCUGGCAGAGUGGCAUCAAAUCAAGCUGGUAAGGCUGAGCCAGGGUAUGUCAUUCAGCUGAGCAAGAAGAUCUGGCAAAUCCAUCUGGGCAGGAAGAAAGAUCCAGAGUCUGGGCAGUGAAAGUCACUGAACCCAAUUCCCCUAUAUAGGAUAGAAUUCUCACAAUGCAGAGGUUCUGAAUCUUCUGCCCUGUUUAGUUUUCUUGGUAGAUAACCAGCCACAAGGAGACCUUAAGGUAAAAUGUGCUCUAGAUUUGGGAGGGCAGAGUAGGACCUUGCUACUCAAGUGUGAUUUGCAAACUAGAAGUAUCAGCAUCCACUGAACCUUGUUAAAAUUGCAGCAGUGUGGACUCUACCCCAGAUCUAUUAAAUGUGAAUCAGCAUUUCAGCAAAGUGUCCAGGGGAUUUAUAUGCACUUUGUAGUUUGAGAAGCAUUGUUCUGAGGUUACUAUACUGUCCUCAAUGUGAAUGAAAGGUAGAGUAGAUUCUGUGAUGGUAAAAUUAAUAGUGUGACUGAUGUUUUCUGACAUGGGACCUCUGCUUAUGAAGUUUCCUGGGCGUGGUGGCCAGAAGAGAGAUGAAUAAGGUAGGGAGAACUUGCCCACUACUUCUCUUCCCCAUUUAGAUGUCUGCUAGAGUGGCUAAUGGGGAGCAUUUCCCCCAAAGUAUCCCCUCUGGUGCAUCUACCUAAAAGUUUGACCAUGUACAAAGAACCUUUGAGGAAAUAGGCAAGAACCGCACACUGCCACUGAAAUGCUUCUAAUCCUGACAUAUUGAAGGAAUGAACUCUUACAAAGAAAUUAAACCAAGAAAGUCAAGUUAAUGAUUUUUUGACUGACUAGUAUUUGCUCAACUCUCCCAGGCUGUGAUGGAGAUGAGUCAGACUCUCCUACUACACGGUGUCUUCCUUCAUCAGAACACAAGAAAAGGAAAGGGAAGGGAUGAUGAGGGGAAGGAAACACCAAGGAAACUAUACUGGAAAAUCUUUGUCUAUUUGUUAUCAGAGUAAGGAAUGAGCCAGAUAGUCUGUUACAUAAUUUCUCUGAUUAUAGGAAUUUGGAACCAGGUGUUGUGGUCAUCUGUAUGAGGAAUAGGACUCACAGAAUUACUUUCAUCUGUGAAUAUCUAGUGUCAGGCUAAGCAAGAGAGAAAGAAGCUUUACUGUAUUACUGUGUUUCAUGGGAAAGAUUGAUGUUUCUCUCUACCUGUUAGAGGAUAUGAAUCAUGAUACCUGCAACCAGAAUAAGCAAACUGUUGGGCUGCUUUCUCAUAAAGUAAACCAUUUUGCAAACACUAUA